AUGCUAUCUUUAUCUGAUAUUGAAAGGCUAAUUACAGUGAAAAGGCGUGAGAUAGAGUUGGAGAAAACGUAUUUGGGUCUUUCACCACCGCCGAGAGACUACACACAUUGUGAAGAUAAUAAAGAAAAUGAAAAUGAUCAUAAUAAACUCAGGAAGCAAGUAAAUUUUUCCAACAACAAAGUAUUACGGGAGCACAAUGAUUUUACAAAAAACAAGAAAGAAAAUAAUCCUAAAGAAAAUCAGAAAGAAUUCGAUGACUUCAUACCAGCAGAUUUGGAGAGAUAUAUAAGGGUAUGUACCUUUAAAACUUAUUAA